UGCCAGCUUCAAUAUCAUAUUUAUUUUGCUAUAUUUAUACACACAUUACCUCUCCUCUUCUAUCACAUUUCAAAAUUAGAAAACUAAGGCACAUCAAAAAAAGAAGAGAAGAAUGGUGUGCUUUUGUUUUCUUGUAGACCAGACAAAGGAGAUGCAGAGGAGCAAGCCGGCAGCGGGGAUCUGCUCACGGUGCGGCGGUUGUGCUAGCGUGGCGGAUAUGAAGACGGCUACAAGGUUUUGCUAUGUUCCAUUUUAUUGCAAAUCAUGGAAAGCCAUUGUUUGCACAUUUUGUGGAGCUGUUCUUCGUUCUUACCAUCACUAAGAUACUAUAAGUAGGUAUUAGUACUAGAUUAAUAAGAUUAAUUAUCAUUAGUAGCAGAUUAGUAGAUAAGGUUGGUAGCUACCGGCUACUUUUUAAUUGUGCUAACACAUGGAUAUUGUGAAUGGUCCAUGAUCAUAAGAUCUUGAAGUUUCAACCUCCAACUCUUUCUAUAUUAAUUUAUUUUUUUACUUGUUCUUUAAGUUGGAAGUUGGAACUUAUUUUCAACAAAUUUAGCUUCUAUAUAUGUACUUUGUUUUGGUAAGUUAAUCCAAAUAACGUUAACAUA